AUAAACGAACGAAAAAAUAGUAAUUAAUUGACGAAUCGUGCAGGACUGUAAUGCAAAGCUAUGCGAUUUUGCUCAGAUGAUUGGUGGAAUUCUCCCCGAUACGGGAAUAUGUUCGUGCCCUAGUGCCGUGGGAUGCUAUGGCUACAUUGAUAUUGGUGCACACAGUGAAGAUGAAUGCUCGAACAAACAAGACGUGUUUGCGUUCGGGGUGAUACUUCUAAGUUUGAUAUCAAAGAGAGUUUACACGGACGAAGACAGGCAAUCUGGUUUACCAACUGUUUACGAAUGGGCUUCAGGACAAUGCCAAGCGUUUGAAUCGUACAGUGAAAUGAGAGAUGCAAAGCUUUCGCUUGUGCAUAAAAGUAUGGCGGCUGAAAGCGAAUUUUGUGGUGAAGAUGGGCACAAGGUUACUAUGAUUGCGUUAGAAUGUGUUAAUAGAGUCCAAUCGGAAAGGCCUAAAAUGAAGCAAGUUUUUAGAGCUUUGCGCAAACUCGAAGUCGUUAAGAAGAAUGCUGACUUCAUCGGAGCAAACAACAAACUGCUGCUUCGGCCCUGUGAAAAUACUAAAAAUAGCUGUUGAUUUGUUAUUCAAACAGUAAUCUAUAUCUAUAUAAUAUAUAAAUUGAAACCCUCA